AUGUCCUUAGGCGAUGGCAUUUUAAAUUCAAAGAUUCUUGAUUGCUUGAAGAUUCUUGUGGUGACACGGUAUCGAGACUGGAACGAAGCUACAGGGUCAGUUCCUGAAAAAUUGAACUUUGUGAGUCACGAGCUGGAUAAUUGGUUCAAGGAGGUUUGUCAUAAAAAUCGCUUGACAACAUAUGAUUUGAAGAGGAAGUUAGCAGAUUUAGUGGAAUUGGCCCCUACAGACGAGGUUUUAGGAGACAUAAUUGACAAGAGAUUGCAAUUAAAAUUAGAGAUGGACAAGGAAGAAUUGUAUUGGGAACAAAGAGCUCGUGCAAAUUGGUUAAAGAAUGGUGAUAAUAACACGUCAUUUUCCCAUCGAUUUGCUUCAAAUAAGAAAAAGAACAAUCAAAUAAAGGCUCUAGAGACCGAGGAUGGUGAGAUGAUGGAUGAAUCGAAGAAUAUGGGAAAACUGGCAAAUGAGUAUUUUCUGGAUUUAUUUCAUUCAAAUACUCAUGAUUUAAAUACUACAGAUUUGGAGGGUAUCGAAACUUUUAUUUUGAGUGAAAUAAAUACUGAUUUACUUUGGUCAUUUACAAAGGAAGAGGUUAUGAAUGCAGUAAAAUCCCUCUCUCCGUAA